CGGCAUCCUCCACUACGGCGGACUAGGUUAGCCGACUCCGUAGCCGCUACCAGCCUUACUAAGUUGGGACCUCAGGCAGCGAGGCGACCCUACUUAGUCAGAACGACCCGCGCCACGCUCCAACCGCAACCGCGCUGGCCGAAAGACGCUAGUCCCGGCGCGGUUAGAUUAGCGACUUCCACCCUAAAGCCCACACAGCCCUUCGCGACGAAUUCUCAACACCAACCCGACAAGCCCAUCUUAGAUUUUGAGACAGUCGCCAUGGGUCGUGUGAUCCGCAACCAGAGGAAGGGUCGUGGAUCCAUUUUCACGGCCAACACCCGUCUCAACAAGGCCCCUGCCCAGUUCCGUACCCUCGACUAUGCCGAGCGUCAUGGAUACACUCGUGGUGUCGUGAAGGAGAUCAUCCACGACCCCGGCCGUGGUGCUCCCCUCGCCAAGGUCCAGUUCCGUCACCCCUACAAGUUCAAGCACAUCACGGAGACCUUCAUCGCCAACGAGGGCAUGUACACCGGUCAAUUCAUCUACGCCGGAAAGAACGCCGCUCUGACUGUCGGCAACGUCCUUCCUCUCGCCUCCGUCCCUGAGGGUACCGUCGUUACCAACGUCGAGGAGAAGUCUGGCGACCGUGGUGCGCUUGGUCGUACCUCCGGUAACUACGUUACCGUCAUCGGCCACAACCCCGAGGAGGGCAAGACCCGUGUCAAGCUCCCCUCCGGUGCCAAGAAGGUUGUCAAGAACACCUCCCGUGGUAUGAUCGGUAUCGUCGCCGGUGGUGGUCGUACCGACAAGCCUCUGCUCAAGGCUUCUCGUGCCAAGCACAAGUUCGCUGUCAAGCGCAACUCCUGGCCCAAGACUCGUGGUGUUGCCAUGAACCCCGUGGAUCACCCUCACGGUGGUGGUAACCACCAGCACAUUGGUAAGGCUUCGACCAUCUCCCGCUACGCUGCCCAGGGUCAAAAAGCCGGUCUUAUCGCUGCCCGGAGAACUGGUCUGCUCCGUGGUACCCAGAAGACCAAGGACUAAGCGUGAUAUUGUGUGGAGUUUUCUUUGUGACGGGUUGAAAAUGCUCUUUUGCUAUGAGGCAUAUGUACUUAGGCGAUUGCGGAUAAUCUCCCACACGUCCUUAGCCAAUCUAGGUCGUGGCCACCAAAUUAUUUCAUGAUGACCAAAGCAAAAGAAAUGGGUUCAAAAAUUCAAAUCCGCGUGCACUUUGUUCAUGAUAAAACUCCAGCCUGCCCAGUGGUCUAGUGGUCAAACAGAGCAAGGCUUAGGUACCUCGUCUUCGUGUUCACCGUCUACGUGUGCUCGAUAAAGUAGUGGAAGGUCCUCCGUACAUCCGUUCCCAACCUUUCUACUCCGUUGUUACCUACGACCCACAUGCACCCUUUCUUCUACCUACCUUGCCACCAGCGCCGUACAAGUAGCCUUGUUCUACACCUAUAGAUAUUCUUCUUAGGGGUACUCCGUACGGGGUACUGCCGGAAAAUGCAAGCGACACAAUUACUAAGUC